GUUUCCAUCCGUAAUUCUGCAAAGGGCGGUGGCCUUUUACAUUCCCAUUUUCUAGAAUAUCCCGUUGGGAGCGGGCUUCAACAAGUGACCACAUAUCAUCACAAAGACGAUAAUAAUUAUUGGAUUGUUGAAAAUCCUCACCACAUUGAUAACAUGGUGGCUUCUGUGGAGGAGACUUUACAAGAUUCUUUUGUUGAUCAUAAAGUUCCCCAAGAUUUGCAAGCUGAACAGCAUGAAUCUGUUUACGCAGACUCUCCGCAGGAGCACGCCGAUCACUCUGUCCUUUCUUCAGAUGCUCUUUCUGAUAACCUUGAUGAGUCUCUGUUCAGUGAGAAAUCCAAAUACAUAUUAGAAGAUGCAAAUGAUGCUGUUCAACCGCCUCCAACAUUGAAAGCUGGCGACACAAUUAGACUCAGACAUAGCUCGACAAAUAGAAAUUUGCACUGCAGCUAUGGAGUUCAUGCUUACUUAUCAAAAUCAGACCUUGAGGUUUCUGGCUUUGGAAAUGACACCAUGGUUCCAGAUCAAAAUGACCAUUGGAUCAUCGAGGAAAUUUCUAAACAAGGGAAAGGGCUUGAAUCGCCCUCAAUAAGAAACAUACUUACUUCAUUUCGUCUCAAGCAUUCCGUCACUGGUUGUUAUCUUGCAUCCUCAAAGGGCACGCUUCCUGAUUGGGCGAGUAAUCAGUUAGAAGUCUCAUGUGAAUUGAAUUCACCGAAAAAGAUCAUCUCCAAAAAUACGAUUUGGAACUUUGAAACCAAUUUCCAUCCCCAACACGAAGAGAUCGAGGCCAGUCCGUUGACAUCGGAGCCUCUACAGUGGCCCUUUCUCAGUACUGGAAUAAGGAUGACUUCAUUUGACGAUGAUCUUACAAAAUUCUAUAUGCUUGGAAAUCCGAUUGUCUGGUGGCUAGGCGCAUCUUCAGUUAUUGCAAUUUUAUUGAUCAUCGGGUUAAGCGCACUGACUAGGGCAAGAAAGCAGCAUACUCAACCGGAAGAUACAUUGGCUUCCUCAAUCAGAGAAGAUAAAUUUAAUGCAAAGUGCAGGGUUGUUCUUCUGGGCUGGUUUCUCCAUUUUGUCCCAUUUCUACUGAUGGGACGUGUAUUAUAUCUUCAUCAUUAUUACCCUGCACUUAUUUUUGCAGUGAUGUGCACAGGUGUGGUGGUGGAUCUGAUCCCUUCAGAGAGGGUUAGAAAUCUUGCCAUCAGCACAACAUUAUGCGUUGUUUUCGCUGUUUUUUUGAAAUUUGCCCCGAUUUGCUAUGGAAUGAACGGGCCAGUGGACAAUUUUUAUACAUUAAGAUGGCUCUCCACUUGGGACCUUUAA